AAAUUACGUCUUGAAGAGUGCGAAGAGUGCUGCCAACGUUUAUUAUCAAUCUCCAAGUCAAGAACUUCAAGAAGGGGUACAAUUAUUGCAGAUAAUUCGGAAGUCGAAAAAUUAAAAAGAAAGAUUGCAGAUUUAGAAGAAUUACUCGACGAAGGCAGUGCUUCUGAAACAAGUGCCGAAAGAAAAACUUAUUAUACUGGUGAAUAUCGGCUGGAUUAUAACAAAAUGUUUAGCGAUCAAUCGAAAACCGUAUAUGAAAAAUUGAUACCCGAAUUAAAAAAAAUGAUGAAUAGACACUUUAAUCCUUCGGUCACUCAAUUAUCAAAUUGGUUACGUUCGAUGCAUAAGCACAAAAGAGACCAAUUACGAAAAUGUAAUACAGGUCAAUUAGAUAAUAGACGCAUGCAUACAAAUGCACGGCUUAAUGAU